AUGGAUGCAGCCCAGUCGGGGGAUGCGCCGCAAGGCAAUACCCAAGACACAACCGAUGAACCUCCCAAUAGCUCCGCAAAACGGAAAUGGAGACGCAACCGCAUAGCCUGUGACGCCUGUCACUCGCGGCGGGUGCGAUGCGACCGGGCAUUCCCCUGUUCUCGCUGCCUCCGGAGUGAUAUCCAUUGCGAAUUCACCCGUGAACGCCGGAAACGCGGCCGGAUUGCGCGAUCCAAACAGUCAGACACCAAUGGUGCAACUGAGAAGCUACCAGCCACCCUUACCAAUGGCCGUAUCCCCGGACCGGAGACUGCUGCAACGCCAGCACCGAAUGGCUCCCCAUCGUCCAGCUUCCCGCACCGGUCGCCCGCCACGAACGAGAUGACCGUAUCCGCGCCGAGUGUGGAUGAGCGUCGUUCGCAACCCGAGGUACCAUUGCCCCCACGAAAGCCAGCGCCAGCGGGUAAUGUGACGGAAGAAUGGUUGUCGGCAGCACAUGUGUCGCCAGGCUCAUAUGAUUUCUUAGGCGGGGGAGGGAUGGGGGAGGGCCCCUUUCCGCGAAUGUUCGAUGUAUGGAGUGGUGUGGACAUGUCCAAUAACAGCGGGCCGACUCCGCAAGGAGCGAAAACGAUGGGGGUAGGCCAGACAUCGGGGGUGCCUCCGGCCUCGCUGAAAUAUCCCGUAUUGCAGCCACUGAUGCCGUUCCUGGACGCGAACCUGCCCCGGAGGCUGGUUUUCGAUCUGCUCGAGCUGUACUUCACAAGUGCCUUUUCCACCUAUAUGCAUCCGGUGUGUCAUCAUAUCCACUCUUAUAUCUUGCGCAAAGCCUCGUUCCUCAGUCGCGAUGCGCCUCGCCCCAGCAGCCCGGCACUGUUGGCCAGUAUGUUGUGGGUGGCCGCACUAGAUGACCGAGCUUUCGCUUUAUCCAUUUCACCGCAACAGCGGAAAAACAUCUGCCAAUUCCUCUGUGCACUCACAAUCCGCCUACUCCGACCCUUGAUUCAUGUGCCCUUCAAAGACCAGGGCACAUCUGUAAAUGAGCCCGUGGGCCAGGAAUGCCCUCCGACCACAGUGCACCACCCAUUUGAAGGGGGCGGAGACGAUCGGGGUCUAGUGGGACCGGCAGGAUCCUUAGAUGAUGUGAUUACUUAUAUCCAUGUCGCAUCGAUCAUUUCAUCGAGCGAGCAAAAAGCAGCUAGCAUGCGAUGGUGGCAUGCGGCAUUUACCCUGGCUCGGGAACUCAAGCUGAACCAGGAGAUCGAAGUGCUACCCAGCGGCGACACUCAAACCGACGGCUCCAGCCCAUCUUUUGAUUAUGCCUUACCGGGAUGGAAUGGUGUGGACACCAGGCCCUAUUUUGACUACUCGAAUCCUUCGCGACCGAGCUUGAACUGUGUCUGCGAUCGUCACGAUGCUCAAAAUACCAUCACGGAAGAGCAUCGCGAGGAGCGUCGCCGGGCAUGGUGGCUAUUGUACAUCAUGGAUCGUCAUCUGGCUCUGUGCUACAACCGACCAUUGGCGUUGCUGGAUGCGGAAAGCGAAGACCUGCUUUUACCAUUGGAUGAAGGGUCGUGGCAGUCUGGGAACAUCCACAGCAAUAGCCCUCGACCUGAUGGGCCACAGUGCUUACUUUCCGGCGACAAAAGCAAACGCCGCGUAUUUCCAAAUUUUAUCUGCCAUGACCAUUCUAUCUUCGGGUUUUUUCUGCCACUUAUGACCAUUACCGGAGAGCUGAUCGACCUGAAUCAGGCGCGGAACCAUCCCAUUCUCGGAGUUCGACUGAACGGGAAAGAUGCAUGGGAUGUACACGUCAAUGAGGUUUUGCGGCAGCUUGAGAUCUACAAAGCCAGUCUAACGACUUUCGCCACCACCGCAUCGGAUCCUGAGGCCCCACUCUCCUACGCAUAUCCCCCUAAGCCGGACAAUACGGUUGAUCCCGCCCUCGCCCAAGCGUAUUCCUGGCAUACCCACACGGUGAUCUCUUAUGCGUCGUAUCUGGUGCACGUUCUGCAUAUUUUGUUGGUGGGCAAGUGGGACCCUGUCUCUUUGAUUGAAGACAAAGACUUCUGGACGUCCUCCCCUGCAUUUGCCUCUACCAUCUCCCACGCGUUAGAUGCAGCCGACUCGGUUAAUCAGAUCCUCCGAUUUGACCCUGAUAUUAGCUUUAUGCCGUAUUUCUUUGGCAUACAGCUAUUACAAGGCAGUUUUCUUUUGCUGUUAAUUGUCGAACGUCUACAAAAGGAAGCGGGCGAAGGUAUUCUGAACGCGUGUGAAGUGAUGAUCCGAGCCACUGAAUCUUGCGUUGUGACGCUCAACACCGAAUAUCAACGAAACUUCCGGCAAGUGAUGCGUAGUGCCGUUGCUCAGGCGCGCGGGCGCCCUGUCAAUCACAGUGAAAUCCGACACCGGCGGAAAGCAGUUUUAGCCCUCUACCGAUGGACUCGAAAGGGGACUGGACUAGCCCUGUAA